CCUCCUCCCUCCGCCUCCCCCUCCUCCUCGGCUCUGACCUUCCUCCUUAGCGCAGCCCCGGCGAGGUCUGGAGGGACGCGGCGGCGGGGACGGCGGCGCAGCUUCUCUUCCCCCGGCAAGUCGUGCAGGCUUGAGGCCGGGUCCCAGACGCCCCGUUUGGCCCCGCGGCGCCGCGGAUGGUGCCGGGCGUGCCUGCCCCCAGCGCAUGAGCAGCCGGCCUGCUGACCGCCGCUCCACACCUGUCCACAGCAACGGCCACACCAUGUCUGGCUCCUACGACGAGGCCUCGCUAGCUCCGGAGGAGACCACCGACAGCUUCUGGGAGGUGGGGAACUACAAGCGGACGGUGAAGCGCAUCGAUGACGGGCACCGGCUGUGCAACGACCUGAUGAACUGCGUGCAGGAGCGCGCCAAGAUCGAGAAGGCGUAUGCGCAGCAGCUCACCGACUGGGCCAAGCGCUGGCGCCAGCUCAUCGAGAAAGGCCCACAGUAUGGCAGCCUGGAGCGGGCCUGGGGUGCCAUGAUGACGGAGGCGGACAAGGUGAGCGAACUGCACCAGGAGGUGAAGAACAGCCUGCUAAACGAGGACCUGGAGAAGGUCAAGAACUGGCAGAAGGAUGCCUAUCACAAGCAGAUCAUGGGCGGCUUCAAGGAGACCAAGGAGGCUGAAGACGGCUUCCGCAAGGCCCAGAAGCCCUGGGCCAAGAAGAUAAAGGAGUUAGAGGCAGCCAAGAAGGCCUACCAUCUGGCCUGCAAAGAGGAGAAGCUGGCCAUGACCCGGGAGAUGAAUAGCAAGACGGAGCAGUCGGUCACACCCGAGCAGCAGAAGAAGCUGCAGGACAAAGUGGACAAGUGCAAGCAGGAUGUGCAGAAGAUGCAGGAGAAGUAUGAGAAGGUGCUGGAUGACGUGGGCAAGACCACACCCCAGUACAUGGAGGGCAUGGAGCAGGUGUUUGAACAGUGCCAGCAAUUUGAGGAAAGGAGGCUGGUCUUCCUCAAGGAGGUGCUGCUAGACAUCAAACGUCACCUCAACCUAGCUGAGAAUAGCAGCUAUGUUCAAGUGUACCGGGAGCUGGAGCAGGCCAUCCGGGGGGCCGACGCCCAGGACGACCUCAGAUGGUUCCGCAGCACCAGCGGCCCUGGCAUGCCCAUGAAUUGGCCCCAGUUUGAGGAGUGGAACCCAGACCUCCCGCACACCACCACCAAGAAGGAGAAACAGUCCAAGAAGGCAGAGGGGGUAGUGCUGACCAAUGCUGCUGGGAUGGUGGAGUCCACAUCCCAGGCUGGGGACCGUGGCAGUGUUAGCAGCUACGACAGGGGCCAGACUUACGCCACUGAGUGGUCGGACGACGAGAGCGGGAAUCCAUUUGGGGGAAAUGAGGCCAACGGGGGCUCCAACCCCUUCGAUGAAGACGCCAAGGGAGUGCGUGUGCGGGCGCUCUACGACUACGACGGCCAGGAGCAGGACGAGCUCAGCUUCAAGGCUGGAGAUGAGCUCACCAAGCUUGGCGAGGAGGACGAGCAGGGUUGGUGCCGCGGGCGGCUGGACAGCGGGCAGCUGGGCCUCUAUCCCGCCAACUACGUGGAGGCCAUCUAGCUACCCUGCUCCCCUCCACAUCACCCCCACUCCUCACCCACCGCCUCCCCUCCCUGCCCACUCUUGUCCUCCUCCCCUCGCCAUAGAGUUCCAGACAUAUUUUCCAAUCAAGCUUUUAUUUUUUUAGAAGUCAAAACAGAACAAAACAAAAAAAUA